AUGUCUAACCAAAAUCAUGAUAAAUCCUUUACGCAAUCCUCUCAACAUUAUGAUAAGUCCCCUCAAAAUUCCAAUCAACAUCAAAAUGAGCCCCUUCAAAAUCCCAUUCAACAUCAUCAUGCGCCCGAACCAACUCAGGAGGAGUUAUCCGAUAUUAGUGCCGCUAUAAACAAACUUUGGGAUCUUGACUAUAACAGAUUAAAACCUGGUGUUGAC